GCUUUCCAUCAUUUGCUUCUGUUGCAGCACCAGCGAAUUUGGUUCUUAAUUCAACUCCGAACUGGAGUUGGCAUAAUAAAUUUCCUGAAUUUGUCUCUAAUUUUAUAACUCUAUUCAAACUCUCUACAUGUUGGGUUGAAUGUGUAUUGGCUGAAAAGCUACGUUUGCAUUCAAAAGCUGUACUG